AUGCAUCAUGCUCAGGAUAGCCAGCACUGCAAUCUCGCAGAGAGGGAGGGUCCUCAGGCUCAAAGGGAGGCAAGGGAUGGGGAUCGUGCCCAGGUCCCCUUGGCCAAGAAGGCAGAAGCUGCUGCCACGGCAGCAAUGGAGGUGUCUGGUGAGGGAGCACAGAGUUCUCCCCAGAGUUCUCAGAGAGCCUCCAUUCCACCCACUGUCAUGGGCUCCAUUUUGGGGGGACCCUCUGAUGAGGCCUCUGGAAACCAAGUAGAACAGAGAGAGGAACCUGUGCCCCCUGUGCUAGAUGUACUAAGACCAAAGAUAUCUGGCUUGGUGCAGUUUCUGCUCCUCAAGUAUCAAAGGAAGGAGCUGACCACCAAGGCAGAAAUGCUGGAAAGGGUCAUCAGAGAUCCUGGAGAGCACUACUCUUUGAUCUUUAGUGAGGCCUCUCAGUGCAUGAGGAUGAUAUUUGGCAUUGGCAUGAUAGAACUGAACCCCUUUUUCUACUCUUACGUUCUUGUCACUUCCCUGGGGCUCACCUAUGAUGGGAUGAUGCACGGUACCCAGGGCGUACCCAAGACAGGCCUCAUGAUAACGGCCCUGUUCCUCAUCUUCACAGAGGGCAACUGCAUUACUGAGGAGAAAUUCUGGAGUGUGUUAAAUAAAUUAGGCUUCUAUGCUGGGAGGGAUCAUUUUAUAUUUGGGGAGCCCAGGAAACUCUUCACUGAGGAUUUUGUGCAGGAAGGGUACCUGGAGUACAGGCCGAUACCCAACACUGAUCCUGCUCAGCAUGAGUUCCUGUGGGGCCCAAGGGCCCACGCUGAAACCACUAAGAUGAAAGUCCUGGAGUUCUUUGCCAAAGCCACUAAGAGAGAGCCCCAAUCCUACACCAAGAUGUAUGCAGAGGCUCUGAGAGAUGCGGGAGAGAGGGCCUAGUCCAGGAUUGCCUAACACAUGCUAAUGCUGCUCUGACCAUUGCAAGUUUUAGUGCACUAGCACUUUCCAAACAACCUACGUUCAGUCAGAGUCGGUGGUAUAAUGGGCAAGACGUGGUAAGAGUACAGCGUGAACUUUGCCAUUCUCUCUGUUCUGUUUCGGCAACUCAGGGAUAUGUCUUUGUUAUAUUUUAAAAUGUUGCUAUGUUCACUAGAAAGUUCAUAAUGGUCAGGGUUUUUUUAGUAUACAGAUUCCACUAAUAAUGCAUCUAUAACUGUUUGUCCAGGUUAGGAGUUUUGUUACUCUGAAAACAUUAGAAUGUGCUCUGUCUAAUUGGAAUGUAUCAGAUGAGACCACACAUUCGAGUUGUAUUUUCCUGGGCAAUGGUAAAGAACUUGGCAUUAACAGAAAGCACAGAAUAAAAUGAACAUUUAUUGUUGUAUUGUCUUUUUAGUCUCUCAUUCCGGUUAAAGAGUUAAAAAGGAAGCCAGACUAUUCUAAAUGGAAUCUCUGCCCCAACCCUUGCAUGAUACCUGGUCUUCGCAAGGCUCUGUUG